AUGCGUGGCUUGGCAGUCUUCGCAUCGUUAGCCGCAAGGCUAGUCCUCGGGCUCGAGACCACUCGGUUCUCGGCGGCCACCCUGCUGGCUGAAUCUGACGCAGAUAUCCCGAGUGCCAGUGACUGGGCGGAGAGGGCGGAGAAGGAAGGUCGGAGCCUCUGCAUACUCGAGCCGGACGCUAACGGCGGGGACGACGCGCCGGCACUACUGAGCGCGCUCAACGACAAGUGCCGCACCAAGAGCAUCAUUGUGCUUGAUGGACCAGUGUACAACAUCAAGUCGCCGAUGGUCACCACCAGCCUAGACGAUGUUGUAAUUGAUCAGCGUGGCAGACUACUCUGGAGCAAUGACACGACGUACUGGCUCUCGGUCUCGAUGCCUGUGGGCUUCCAGAACCAGAGCACGGUAUGGCACUUUGGAGGUGAUGGCGUGGUUUGGGAAGGCCACGGAGUCGGAACGCUCGACGGCAAUGGCCAGGUCUGGUAUGACCUCAAUGCCGGCGGAUCCAACAUGCCUCAUCGGCCGAUGAACAUCAACUUUCGAGACUUCUCGAAUUCGACUGUCAAAGGUCUCCGAUUCGUGCAGAGCCAAAUGUGGACGAUGAACAUCAUGUACUCCAAGAAUCUCGUGUUCGAGGACAUAUAUGUGAACAGCACUUCGUCUUCGGAGAAUAACUCUCUCAACACGGACGGCGCUGACACCAUGUACUCGGACAAUAUCACCUUCCGCCGGUGGGUGGUUGUCAACGGCGACGACGCAAUUGCUCUCAAGGCCAACUCCAGCAAUAUCUACAUUUACGACAGCGAGUUCUUCGGCAGCACUGGCAUAGCCAUGGGAUCCAUCGGCCAGUUCAUCGGGCAAUUCGAGUAUAUCGAGAACUUCUUGGCGCGGAACGUGACUUUACACGACACCCUGCGGGGCUGCUACUUCAAGACGUGGACCGGCAUUCAGAUUGGGUAUCCGCCCAAUGGCGGCGGCGGCGGUACGGGAUACGCGCGUAACAUCGUGCUGGAAGACAUUAAGCUCGACGGCACCCGCGGAGAACCACUUUUCAUCACUCAAUGUGAGUCCUUCUCCGGACACGCGGGUGAGUCCUGCGAUACGUCGACGUUCAAGAUUUCCGACGUCGUUUGGAGGGACUUUAGCGGAACGAUGAUGGACGACGUGCCUAGCUCGGGCUUCUUCCGGUGCAGCGCGGCCGCGGGCGGGUGCAACAAUCUGACGGUAGAGAACUUUUCAGUAACGCCCGUCGGCCAAGAUACUGUCUUGGAUAAAUGGCUCUGCAAAAACGUUGAAGGCGAUGAAGGAUUCGACUGUCAGGAAAUUGAGGAGACCGCCGAUGAGCUCUGA